CCGCCGCCACCGCCGCCGCCGCCGCGUCUCAUUCAUGAGGCCCGGCGGGCUCGCCUGUGGCCCGCGGCUCCCGAGGCGGCGGCCCCGCCCCCUGCUCGCUCGGUUCUCGCCGCCACCCGCCCGGGCCGCCCGCGCGCGGUGCCGCAGUCUCAAACCAUGAAUUAUGUGGGCCAGCUGGCUGGGCAGGUGCUCGUCACUGUGAAGGAACUCUACAAGGGCAUUAACCAAGCCACUUUGUCUGGGUGCAUCGAUGUUGUCGUGGUGCGGCAGCAGGAUGGCUCCUUUCAGUGCUCACCUUUUCACGUGCGCUUUGGGAAGCUGGGAGUCCUGAGAUCCAAGGAGAAAGUGAUUGAUAUAGAAAUCAAUGGUAACGCGGUGGAUCUUCAUAUGAAAUUGGGUGAUAAUGGAGAAGCCUUCUUUGUAGAGGAGACUGAAGAAGAAUAUGAAAAACUACCUGCUUAUCUUGCCACCUCACCAAUUCCUACUGAAGACCAGUUCUUUAAAGAUAUUGACAGCCCUUUGGUGAAAUCAAGUGGAGAUGAAAGGCCAUCUCAAAGCUCAGAUAUUUCUCACACCCUGGAAGCAGAGACAGUUUUCCCUCCAAGUUCUGUGAAGAAGAAGAAACGAAGGAGAAAGAAGUGCAAACAGGACAGUAGAAAGGAGGAGCAGGCAGCUUCCCCUGCUGCAGAAGACAUAUGUGAUGUGGGUGUGAGCUCUGAUGAUGAUAUGGGAGCCCAGGCAGCAAGAGGAUCUUCAAAUGCUUCCUUAAAGGAAGAAGACUGUAAGGAGCCUCCGCUCUUCCACUCCGGAGAUCACUACCCUUUAUCGGAUGGAGAUUGGUCCCCAUUAGAAACCACUUAUUCCCAGGCAAUGUGUCCUAAGAGUGACUCAGAGCUGGAGGUGAAGCCAGCUGAGAGCCUGCUCAGAUCUGAGUCUCACAUGGAGUGGACAUGGGGCGGGUUCCCAGAGUCUACCAAGGUCAGCAAGAGAGAAAGACACGACUAUCAUCCACGGACAGCUACAAUUACACCAUCAGAAAGCACUCAUUUCAGGGUAAUUCCCAGUGAGGACAGCCUUGUAAGGGAAGUGGAGAAGGGCACUGCUGCUGAGGAUGCUGUCUGCACCAUCGUGAAGCCCAAACCCAGAGCCCUGUGCAGGCAGCGGAGUGAGGCCGCUUCUGCUCAGCUCCCCGGGCUGCCUCUUGAGGCUGCUCAGAUUUCAUCUACGUUAGAUGCAGACCACCUUCCCAGCCCAUCCUCAGCAGAGGCUCUCUCAGAACCCAAACCAGCUGCUAAAGUAGACUCACCAACAAAGAAGAAAGGUGUUCACAAAAGAAGUCAGCACCAGGGGCCUGAUGACAUUUACCUUGAUGACUUAAAGGCUCUUGAGCCUGAAGUGGCAGCUCUCUAUUUCCCUAAAAGUGACACAGAUCCUGGCUCCCGGCCGUGGCCUGAGUCCGACACAUUCUCUGGCUCUCAGUCCCCACAAUCUGUUGGAAGUGCGGCUGCAGACAGUGGCACCGAGUGCCUUUCAGACUCUGCCAUGGACUUGCCCGAUGUCACUCUCUCCCUCUGUGGAGGCCUCAGUGAGAACGGAGAGAUUUCUAAAGAAAAGUUCAUGGAGCAUAUCAUCACUUACCAUGAGUUUGCAGAAAACCCUGGCCUUAUCGACAACCCAAACCUUGUUAUACGGAUAUAUAACCGUUACUACAACUGGGCUUUGGCUGCUCCCAUGAUCCUUAGCUUGCAAGUAUUCCAGAAGAGUUUGCCUAAGGCCACAGUCGAGUCCUGGGUUAAAGACAAGAUGCCAAAGAAAUCUGGUCGGUGGUGGUUUUGGCGGAAGAAAGAGAGCAUGACCAAACAGCUGCCAGAGACCAAAGAGGGAAAAUCUGAAGUCCUGCCAACAAAUGACCUGCCUUCCAAUGCUGAGGAGCCAACCAGUGCCAGUUUGGUGUUGGAUAGGCCUGCAGAGAAUGAUACUUCGAGUGAUGAGGGGUCACAGGAUUUGGAAGAAACAAUCAAAGUUGAUGCCAUCUCCAUGGAGACGUUGAGUCACUGUAGCACAGCUUCAUACAAGAAGUCUCUCCGACUCUCUUCAGACCAGAUAGCAAAAUUGAAGCUCCAUGACGGCCCUAAUGACGUCGUAUUCAGUAUUACAACCCAGUAUCAAGGUACCUGUCGUUGUGCAGGAACCAUUUACCUGUGGAACUGGAAUGACAAAGUCAUCAUUUCUGACAUUGAUGGAACAAUAACCAAGUCUGAUGCUUUGGGACAGAUUCUCCCACAACUGGGUAAAGACUGGACUCAUCAAGGUAUAGCAAGGCUCUACCAUUCUAUCAAUGAGAACGGUUACAAGUUUCUAUACUGUUCUGCACGUGCCAUUGGCAUGGCUGACAUGACCCGUGGGUAUCUGCACUGGGUCAAUGACAAGGGCACGAUCUUGCCCCGAGGCCCUCUGAUGCUGUCUCCCAGCAGUUUGUUCUCUGCCUUCCACAGGGAAGUGAUAGAAAAGAAACCAGAGAAGUUCAAAAUUGAGUGUCUGAAUGAUAUUAAGAACCUGUUCGCUCCGUCCAAGCAGCCCUUCUAUGCUGCCUUUGGAAACCGUCCUAACGAUGUCUAUGCUUACACACAAGUCGGAGUUCCAGACUGUAGAAUAUUCACUGUGAAUCCAAAGGGUGAAUUAAUACAAGAAAGGACCAAAGGAAACAAGUCAUCGUAUCACAGGCUGAGUGAGCUUGUGGAACACGUGUUUCCACUUCUCAGUAAGGAACAGAAUUCUGCCUUUCCAUGCCCAGAGUUCAGUUCCUUCUGCUACUGGCGAGAUCCAAUCCCUGAUGUGGACCUAGAUGACCUAGCUUGAACAGGGCCUGUGUGGCUAGGUGGGGACACUGUCACUCACCUCCCAGUAGAGACGGUAACUGGCCCUCCUACAGAUGAAGACCCAGGGGCUGGCAGUCAGGAACCUGCUUUCCAGAACAGGGACAGAGUCCCCGAAGCUGGCACUGCCACCCCCUUUCACCUUCCCAGGCUACCACUCAGCACCUGGACAGAGGAAUAAGGGACUCAGCCUGAGGUACAAGCCUGUGCUCCGUUACACAUGGGCCCUCACAUGCGUCCUGUGGAGUUGUGUGCUGUGUACCACUCAACUGCAUAACUUAGAAUGGAAGAAAUCAGAAACCGAGAAAGAGUGAACCAGCACAUUACUACACAAAGUAAAGAGUUAAAAUCUCCACUGGUCAAUUGAGGUCGCUUCUCUAUAUAACCAGGGCUUUCUCCAGAGGUCCAGUUAGUGUUGCUGCCUACGAGUACAUGUCCUCCUGGGACACCUCCACUCUUGCUCACUGAACUAGGACAGCUGCUUCAUGUGCCAAGUUGGGCAGCCCCCACCACCUGUGUGCCAACACCAUGAGCCCAACUGCGCCAGCGUGGGCUUUUGGGGGAAGAAGGCCCUUGCAUCAUCAUCUCCUCUGCUGUGCCUGCUGCGCAGUGAGGAAGAAACCGUGGAAGUUACUGUUUAGCCUGGCCAGAAGAACAAAUGCAUAUUUUAUGUCCAGAGUAAUAGUGAGAAAUUGGCUUAAAGUACACAAAAGGCGGCAGUUUGUCCUCACAGGUGUAGAAAGGCAGUUGCACUGGGUUCCGAGAGUUACCCUUUUCUCUGACACUGUGGAUUUCAGGAAUUCUGGGCUUCAGAGUUGCCAGGGGAAAAAACCUUUAGCUAGUGGCAUUGACCAGUCAUUUGGAUUUCAAUCAUGUAAUGAGUCCCUGGAAGCAUGGGAGAAAGGGGUCAUGGAGGGCCUGUGAUAGCCAGUGCCUCAGCAGUGUUGCUGCAGAUGAGGCCUCAUGGGGAUGUGGGGUAUCCUGCAUCUCCUUGGCAGCAUCAUACACUGGCCUGGUUAAGUGCUCUUGUCAAGUGUCAGAGCAGAUGGCACCAGGCAAAGUUAAUGCCCUGGAGUCUCCAGAGCCUAUGAUCAGCUGGGUGUGGACAGUCACUGCAGUGCGAGCAUGGAGAGAAAUAUUGGCGGAAGGUGUCCUAGAGACAGACCUUCAAUGGUUCUCAGUCACAGCCCUCCACUGGGAAGAUGGAAGUGAAGGCUUCUGAGCGGGGAGGGGUCUACAGAUAAAGAUGGGUCCGUUUCCAACUCUACAUGCCCUGCAGUUGGAUGACUACGGCUGUGUCAUAGUGUUUUAGGUUGCUUCAUCCAAAAUGAUACUCACCUAGAGUUGGUUUAGAAAAGGGGUGGUUAUUUUCCAGAUUGGAGAGUUGAGUGUCCCUGCCUCAUUUUAGUAUUGCAGUUGAAUGCAGAGACCAUGGUAAAAUUCUUUAAUAAAAGAAAAAAACCCUUUGAACAUAGUUCUCAGUGGCAAAACCACUGGAGGCACAUGCUCCCAGAGAAGGGCAACGCAGGCUUCCACAGUGCUGACCUCCCGUAAGUAGUGCACAUCUCCUUCAUGAGUUAUUUGUGUUAGGCAAUAGGGAAACUUGGUUGUUUAUUCGAAGUUCUUCCCAUUAUGCGAAGUUCUUCCCAGUUAGUGAAAUAAGAUUCUGCUAAAGCAGCCACCUGGCCACCUCCUGGUAUUUAGCACACUUUGAUAUAAAGGAUAAUGACAGUUGUAUGUGCUUAACCUGACCUUAGUAGAAUCUCUGUGGUACAGAAAAUCUUACCAUGUUUCCUCCUUAGACUGUUUUAGUUUGUCCUCUAUGGAGUUUUUGCCGAGGUUUCCUUCUCUUGACAAACUCUUUUCUUUGGACACAUGGGCCUUUUCAGAGGACCCAGCUUAGGGUCUGGGACUCCUGGCCUGUGCUGAUCUUUCUGCCCCAGUGUCCAUUAGCCCUGCACUUGUCUCUGCAGACUGACCCGGGGUACUUAGGCUAAUGAAGGUAACUCUUUUUCCUUACUUAAAGGAGUCUUCUCGCUGAAAGUAGAUGAGUACUGUUACUGUAGUGUUAUAAGGAAUUAGGUUUGUGCCGAAAAUCCAUUGCCAUUUGUUACAAAUGACAUUUGUUCUUUCUGUGAAAGAGAGAUGCCCUCACGUGUGUUUGCACACAAACCCUUAGAUGGCUUGUUGCAGUACCCCCUUGUCAUCAAUGACAGGUGAUAUUGAAGGGACACUGCCGGCAGAUUGGCCUCUGAGUCACUCUGUCAGUUGUUGCAUCAGUGAAAUGGCCCCUCCGUCCUCCAGUUCACUCUCGCAUUAAUGUUUGCUUUGGUGUCGAGUGUUGAAGCUUGCACUGCUGUGGAAUUGAUGGCUGCUCUCCACCAGGCUGUGUAGGAUACACAUGUGGACCUGGGGCGUGCACACUUAGAGCCCCUUGAUCAGUACUGCAUUCCCUGUGGUCUAACCCAUCCCGUCUGCAUAGUUUCAUGUGGAAAAAGAAAUGUACUGUUGUGCUGACCCAAAACUAAAGCUGCUAAAAAUCACAGAACAGUCCGGGACCAGAGCUGGAAGGCAGGAAGCUUCUGUCCUUCACAGCCCCUUUGCCCAUGGGGCGGGUCCCCCCAUCUGUAGUGCUCCUGAAAGCACAGCAUCUGUGAGAGGAACGGCUGAGACCACAUGAACGCAUUCUCUUUUUUGCAAAGUGAGUGUUGCAGGAGCUUACCUUACAGGGUUAUUGUAUAGCUCUGGGACACCUUGUUUCUGAGCUUGAGAGCAUGCUGGAAUUUAUUUUAAACCCGGUGAAGUAAGUGCUCUUUCCAGGUGAAAACUUGCUUUGCUUUGAAAGCAAAAGAAGGAUUGCUCUUUGAAUAAUUAUGUUCAGCUGAUGAUGUAUUUGAUCAUUAGACAGCAUUGUCACUAAGCAGUUUAAGUUGUGUAAUUGUAAACACCAGUGCAGUACCUCAGUUAUGGCAAAGAUGUCUGCAGAUGAAUGGCUCAUAUUUUGGUGCAGCAUUUUAUGUUCACAACAAAAUGUUACAAUAAUAAACUAACAUAAACUGA